UAAGGCGCCGCCUCAGGCGGCCCUUAACACUACCAACAGCAAAUCACAAGUUCAUUCUUGAGGCGGGAAGUCAAUUUUCUGAGGAGGAAUUUUUUCCUGUCAUAUUUGGCCUCCUCCUGUGCCAGUGCCAGAGUGCCAGAGUGCCAACCAUGAAGGAUAAGCUGGGGAAGAGGUUCAAGGAACUUAUAGAUAGCAAAAAGUGGAGAGAACUUGAAGGUUUAAUUUUGAACACUGAAGAUGACUGGGUGAUUGAUAUUCUUGAGCGCAGAAGUCAUGGGUCAGAAGGCUCCCAGUGGGUAGGAGGGAUUCUCUCGGCUCUGUCGUGUGAAACUCGAGAAAGUACUGCUCUGAGGCUUAAGGUUUACGAAAAUGUACUGAAACUCGUGCGAAGUGGAACAAGAAGCGAGAAGACUGCAGGAGAGCUAACAGGGGUUCUAAUGGUUCAGUUGGACUCUUUCCCGGCUAAUUCUAUCGCCUCUCUAAUUAAUGAUUAUGUAGAAUACAUUGCAAGUGGGGAACCUCUCCAAGGAAGGUGGGUAGACCUGUUGGCAAGUCUGAUUAUGUGUAUAAGCCAGAAGGAGGAAGUUACUAUCGAUGGGAAAAAGAUGGCUGGUGAAGACUUCCGCUACCAAAUUCUCAAAAGACUGUGUGACCUAACGUGGUCUGCUGAAACUACCAUUAGUCUUCUUCCUGUAUUUAAAGAUAUGGAGUUGCCAAAGGAAGAGCUACAAGAUGUUAUUUUCAAAGUAGAAAGAGUGUUGAAGAAAGUAGACUACCACUCAGUGCCACCAAUCAUAUAUCAUCUUGUUGUGUUAGUCCGUAGCAAGCUUCCCGGUCGCGUGUUGCAAGUUAUUAUAGAUUACUUUAAUAAACAAGAAGAGAAGUUAUCACAGGAGAAGGAAAAGAAAUCUGUUGAAAUCAAUAGCAUGGAUGUGGACUCAGAAGCAAUAGACGACAGUAAAUACAGUGAUCUUAUGGAAGCCAAAGGUACCGUCAUCCUUCACGUGACUCAUCAUGCCCAGUGCAGUCCUGCUCUUGUUCGGGAUUAUCUCAAACUAAAUAAAUCAUCGAUAUGGCUUCCAGAAAGAGUGUUUAAACCUUUCAACCUGGCGCUCUCUCUUUCCUUAGCAUCUAUUGAAAAAUACCAGGAUCAGAUCCUAGAAUCACACAAAUCUUGCCUGCUGAAGAGUUUUCUGCAGGAAAAACGAAGCCAACAGUCACUGUGGCUGCGUGAAACUUGGGGAGAAGACCUUGAUAUCAUUACUGCCUUUAAGAUUACUAUUGAUAAUUGCAUUAUGGGCUGGGACCAGGUAAGUCAAGGAUUAGUUCACCUUGCAUUCAAUUUACUUGAAUCAGGAAGUGGAUCAAAAGGUGACAGUUAUGUAAGUCAGCGAGCCAGUGAGCUGGCUUCCAUUGUGUUACCUCUCAUUGUUAAGAAACAGCCACACCUUGCAGGCUCGGUUAUCUCUCAACUCUCAAACUUGAUCCUCUCAGCAUCUUCACCUAUUCAGUACAUUGAAAUCCUGGGUAAGCUGGCUAAGUCUCUACCCCUCACACUUCUCGACAACCUUAAUGUGAUUCGGGAUCCGCUGGAGUACUCAGAAUUUCUUUCACUUCGAGCUGCAACUCAUCUCUUUCAUGUCAUCCUGCCUCUCCUCAAGAUGAGCAUGACACUUAAGGACACACUUAUGAUCACACUGAGAAAGAUGCUCUUUUCAAAGAGAAUCGAGAGUCGUCAGAUUGCAGUGAUAGGAUUUUUACAGUUUCUUAGACACUUCCGAGUGAUGGGCACACUGCCGUCAUCACAAGCUUCCAUAUCCUUCUGCUCUUCAAUGAGUACACUGAGUGUCAAUGCUGAUGUUCACUCAGUUUUCAACAGUUCAACAAAUGAGUCUCUUUGCUUAGAGUUACUUGGUAUUUUGAGGAGAUGUUUUUCACAGCAACAUGAGGUAAAAUCUACAUUGUACCUGGGGCUUGAUGAUGUCAGCAGAACCAACCCAAAGCUAGUCGUCAGCAUCCUUGAGCUCUUAAUUCAACACAGCAAGUGCUUCUUGGACUUAAGAGAAGGUAUCUUCAAUCCCGUUAUCCUGAAGAAAGUUAUUGGCGUUCAUGGUGAAACAGUCACACUUAUAGAACCCGUGGCAGAUUUGCUGUGUAGCUUAGCAAAAUGUAAGGCUUAUUAUGAGGUGCAUAAAUCCAGUGACACAAAUGAGGAUGACGAUGAAGAAAAUGCUAUAACAGUUCUGAAUGAAGUAUGUUCAUUGUUUGAUGUAAUGACAGAGAAGCUUUCUGGUUGUGGUUUAGAAGAUCUUGGUAUUGACACCAAAGGUGAUUUUUCAAGUAAUUCACCAACUGGGCAAAAAAAUACCCUUUCUGCUGAAGUGAUGAUUGGUGUAUUUGACAGCUUAAUAGAGCACACGUUUAGCAGUACAACACAUACCACGAAGGAAAAAAUGCAGCUUGUUAUUUCCCUUUUCAAGUCUCAGAAGAAUAUUGUAGAACUACUGAAAGAAAAAGGCGGGAAACCUGCUAAGAAAGAUGGAUCAAAAGGCAAAGGUCGAACUCCUCUUAAGUCAUCAAUUUCUUUAAAAAGCCAUUUAAGUUUGCGGGCAGCAGCAGGUAUGCUUGUUGCCUCGCUGAGCAGUAGUUCUGAUGAUGACAGUGACACUAGUAAUAUUUUGAAAGACAACCACGACUUACAACUUUACCUAUUAUCUGUUGUAGAAGAAGUGGUGUCAUCAAUAACUGGACUGACUCAGUCAGAAAAGGAGAAACACUUGCCCCACUUGCGAGCUGUUGCAAAGACUCUGCUGCAUGAAUGCUCUGAGAAUUUAAGUUCUUUAGAUUCCUCAGAUGUUAGAGAGGUAUUGAGACUUAGGCAGUGUUUGCAGGUUCUUUCAUCUAUUUUGACCAGUUUCAUUAAAUUUUACAAACAUAAACUUGAGUCAAUAUUAAAGGAGAUGAUGGAUAAAAGUGACGGUAAAAGUCUCGACUCACUUUUAUAUAAAAUAACUAAACGGCUUCAGAAGUUGCUGUUGAAAAUUCUACACCAUGAGGAGAGAGGUCCUUUACUGAAAGAUGCAACCACUGUUGUUCACGUAAUGACAGUGCUUACUGAAGCAAUGGAUCCUAAUUGCCCGGAAAUUAGCGAUGUCCAAGACUGGGUCCUGCAGCUAUGUAAAGACCAAGAUUUUGGUCAUAGUGGGUUAGCUGUAUCUAUGAUGAAUCAUCUCAUUAAACUCUCUAACCAUAAAGCCAAUCAUAAUCUUGCUCGUGGAAUAGCUAGAGAGUUACACCAUAAACUUGGGGAUUUUGAACAAGGUGUUGAAGUUGAAGAAUCUGGUAAAUACAAGAUAGUCAGUGAAGAAACUUCAUCAGCCAUUUUAACACAUCUCCUCAUGCACCUUGAUGAUACACUGGGUCUCACUGAACUAGCUCUCAAUAAAAUGAAAGCAUGCAUUUUGUCAGGCAUUGAAUAUGAUGCUAACAAAGUUGAGAAGAAUCUCUGUAUAAAAUGCAGUUGUGUAAUUACUGCAGUUCAUGAAAUAAUCCAGUCGGCUCUUCCUCUCGGUGGAAACACAGAUCAGACAUUAAGAGUGGUAACAAAACUGUACAAUGUUCUGUUACAGUAUGUUCAAUAUUACCGCGACCUGUACAGAUUGAAGAAUUAUGUACAGAUCUCGGAUAAAUUUGAGAAAGUUGUUCAGAUGUCUGGGGAAAUGAUUUCUAGUACUGUGUAUCCAAUGAUAACUUACAUUGAAGGAGCACAGAGGCAGGCAGAGAGUAAAAAACAAGGGGUACUUACUGCUAGAGCCAUAAAAGAGUCUAAACUUAUACCUUCCCUAAUUUACGCAAUUGAACAGUAUGAGACACACUUGAUCCUACUCUCUCGCAAAUCAAAAGUAAACCUGAUGGAAACAAUGAAACUGAGCACAGCACGAGAUUUUAGGAUUGUGUCAACUGCUCUAAUGGAACUUUUGGAGAAAGAGAAUGAAGAGGAAGAGCAAGAAAGUGAUGCUGAAGGAACUCAAGAAGAUCACAAUGGACAACGUACUGAACAAAAUAAUGAGAGAAGCAAAAAAGAGGAAUCAUCAUCAGCUAAGAAGAUUAGAGGACGGAAGAAAAAAUCUCCAGAAGAUGCAAGUCACAAUGAGCGAGGUUCUGAACAAGGUGAGGAGGACAGAAACAAAGAAGGAACAUCACCAACCAUGAAGAAAAUGACGGGACGUAAAAGAAAACUAUCUCCAGAAGACGAAGGUCACAGUGGACAGACUGAGGAUGAGGAUAGUAACAAACAAAAGGAAUCAUCAGCUAAUAACAAAGUUAAAGGGAAGAAAAGAUUAUCUAAAGCAGAGUGAGAGCCAUGAAAAAUAUUCUAACCAGCUCUGAAAUAAACUGGAGAGCUACCAAGCAAUUUUGAAAAAAAAAAAAAAAAAAAAUUGGAAAAAAAAAAAUUUUUUUUUAAUACUUUUUGAGGAAGGCAACCUUUCUAGGAAGGGUUCUUGAUUCAAGAAAUUGGAGCUGCCCUUCCCUUCAUAGGUUGAACCUGGUUACCUCCCAGUCCCUAGGUGCUAUACGACUCCUAACAUAUUUAGUGCUUACUCACGUAUGUUAUAAUAAUGAGUUAGGGAAGGCAAUAAAAGAAGAAUUAACUUCAUGAAUUAUUAGGGGAAUAAUCUAUUAGCGAAUUAUUAUAAUCAUGGGGAGCUCCAAACCAGUAGGGAUUAUACAGCACGUGGGGAGGGGAUAGAAGGUAUUCAGGCUUAAUUCAGGGAACCGGAGCACAGAUCCAAUUCCCUAGAUCAGGGGCCCCUCACCAGCAUCAAGGAACCUCCCUUGAAGGGUUCUAUUAGUGCACCUGUAAGGAAAGACUUAUUCUGUACAUAGUAACUUCAUUAUACUUUGAUACAAGAAACUAUUCCAAUUUAAAAAAAUUAAAUACAGUGGACCCCCGCAUAACGAUCACCUCCGAAUGCGACCAAUUAUGUAAGUGUAUUUAUGUAAGUGCGUUUGUACGUGUAUGUUUGGGGGUCUGAAAUGGACUAAUCUACUUCACAAUAUUCCUUAUGGGAACAAAUUCGGCCAGUACUGGCACCUGAACAUACUUCUGGAGUGAAAAAAUAUCGUUAACCGGGGGUCCACUGUACUAGCAUUAUAGCUUAUAUUAGUAGGGAUGUGGGUUAGGACUUAGUUUUGAUUAUAUAAUAAUGGGGAGGUAUGCACAAAUAACUGGCACAUAGAACUUGACCAAAACAUUGUCGUUAGUUUCUCUCUCCUAUGAGCGGGUUAUAUGUGUAUUGUUCCAGUCACGGUAUUGUGCAGUUUUGUUCCUUAAUGGGGAAGUAAACAAUUAGGAAUCAUACAGUACCUGGGGAUUGGAAGGUAAUCAGGUCUGUACCAGAGAAGCAGAGGGUAUUUCCAAUUCCUUGAAUCAAGAGCCCUUGAGCAACAAGGGUCUUGAUAACCUAAUACAGUGGACCCCGGUUUACGAUAUUAUUUCAUUCCAGAAGUAUGUUCAGGUGCCAGUACUGACCGAAUUUGUUCCCAUAAGGAAUAUUGUGAAUUAGAUUAGUCCAUUUCAGACCCCCAAACAUACACAUACAAACGUGCUUAGAUAAAUACACUUACAUAAUUGGUCGCACUGGGAGCUGAUCGUAAAGCAGGGGUCCACUGUACUUUUUAUGAAGACAUUUUAAUACAAGUUUAGCAUAUAUGUAAUGAUUUUAUUUGAUGGAGUUGUAUCAUAGAAAUCUGUAUCAAUAUUAUCAGCACAACCCUUAUGGGUUUAGUGCUUAAUUUGAUUAUAAUAGUAAUAUUUGUUACAGUUGACAAUGAAUAGUGGGCAUAUUUUUGUGCACAUUAUUGAAUUAUAUUUCUGAAUUACUAAGAAAAUAUUAAAAAUAAAAUUGUUUCAGUGAAUCAUUUGUCCAGAGGUCAACUCCAGUGGAUAAUCCAAAACUUUGAUUCUGUCAGACUACAGAACUGUGGAUCUAAUCUGACUGCCUCAGUUUCCUUACAGUGACCUCUCUAGGUAGGGUCCUUGAUGCUGGUGAAGGGUCCUUGAGGUAAGGAAUACAGCUUUACUUCCCCUUCCUUGGAUUUACUGAAUUCCCUCCCAUUCACCUAGGCUCUGCAUGCCCCUAUGAGUUUAACACUCCCCGUGAAUAAUAUCGAAGGGCUUGUGUUAAAAGAAAUAGGGGCUAUCGUCCUCUCCCUUGGAUUAAAACUGCUUCAAAGUCCCCCUGGUGCUGUAUGUCUGCGACAGUCACCGUUUCUUUGUGAAUACCUGGAGUAUACCUGGAGAGGGUUUCAGGGGUCAACGCCCACGCAGCUCGGUCUGAAACCAGGCCUCAUGGUGGAUCAGGGUCUGAUCAACCAGGCUGUUACUACUGGCCACCCACAGCACCUGGGGAAUGGGAGGUAAUCAGGUUCGAUCCAAGAAAAUGGAGGAUAAGUCCAGUUCCUGGAAUUGAGGAACCUUGCAGUGAGAUCAAGAUGAAAAUGCAUAUAUUCUAGAGCAUAAUUAACUUAAGAGGCACAUAUGUGUGUAAUGAGGUGUGAAGGACAUAGAAACUUAAAUGAGAAAGCUUUCUUGUAUCUGUAGCAAAAUUGUUCUUGAAAUCAAGUUUGCCGGGGGAAAAAAAGUAACGAGAGAGGUUGCAGAGCUCACGUGCCUAUUUAUACUCAUUACCUCCCUUGGCCCCCCUAGUACCCCCUUCCCCACUAUUAUAUCACCCCGUACCACCACCACCACCCAAAAAAACUGCUGCCACUACUGCAAUCAUCUUGCCCAAUCCAUCUCCCAUAAAAAAUUAAUCACUCGUCUUGUUCCAUUUUGUUUCUACUGCAUCUAAGUAACUUGCUGUCUCCUCGUCUCUAUUCAAAUUACUCCAUAAAACUGAAGAUAUUGAAUCCUGCAGUAUACCUGGAGGGUGUUCCAGGGGUCAGUGUCCCCUGGUCCAUGACCAGGCCUCGUGGUGGAUCAGGACCUGAUCAACCAGCCUGUUACUGUUGGCCACACAUAAACUGAUAUAGGAACUGCAGCCUGGCUGGUCAGGUACUGAUUUUAGGUGCCUGUCCAGUGCCUUCUUGAAGACAGCCAGGGGUCUAUUGGUAAUCCCCCUUAUGUAUACAAGAAGGCAGCUGAAUAGUCUUGGGCCUCUGACGCUACAAGUCAUUCCUUUAACAUUCUAUUUUUUAUAUGUAUUACCCUUCUUAUUAUGAAUAAAAUAACAGUCAUCUACAUAAGAAAUUCUACUUAACUGAAGAACAUUGAAUUAACAUUAAAAUGGUAUAAAAUACCGACAGGUUGUUAGGUAAGACACAUAUGCAACAGUUAGGUAUCUUUAUUAUGAAACGUUUUGCCUACACAGUAGGCUUCUUCAGUCAAGUACAGAAAAGUUGAUAGAAGCAGAAGAUACUUGAAGACGAUGUAAUCAGUCCAUCACCCUUAAAGUUUUGAGGUGGUCAGUCCCUCAGUCUGGAGAAGAGUAUUGUUCCGUUGUCUGAAACAAUAUGGAGUUGAAGUGACAGGAUGGAGCCUUAUAUAGCGCCAGGAGGUGAGACGUAGGUCACUAGUAGAGCGCAGAUGUUGGGAGGUCAGGUCCCUCUCAAAUCCAGCCAUUCUCACUAGUAGAAGUUGACAAAGU